UGGCCUUUCGUGUAUGUGAAUUGCACGUGAAGUAGCAAAAGGAGGAGGAGAGUGUGCUCACACUCUCAUCGCAACAACAUAAUAAUAGUUGUGAUCUCUUCUAUCCAUCCUUGCACGAACUUUCGUCGGCUGUUGUGAAACUAAAUAAAAUAAUUUUCAAUUUUAAAAUUCAGAAACUCUGAGAUUUCGUCAAUUUUUGAGAUUUUUGAAGGAGAGAAAGUGAUAAGAUGAAGGCCCCACAGGCAGCUCCACCCUCGUACAACGAGGCCGUUCAUGGGGUGUUGCCCUCCUCCCCACUCACCGCAGCCCAACCGAGUACGACGACGACCACCCCUUCCUCGACAAGUCUCGUUCCUGGACCUACUAUUGUUACCACGAUUAUUCCAAUUGGACCACGAAGUACUCACAUGGUCUGUCCCCAUUGCCACUGUGAGAUCUUGACUUCAACGCAAACCACGCCUGGAAUGAUUGCGUACAUUAGUGGAGCAAUUAUAGCUCUUCUUGGCUGCUUUUGGGGGUGUUGUUUGCUCCCCUGCUGCUUUGACGAAUGCAUGGACAUUCAUCACACUUGCCCAAAUUGUUCGGCAUUUUUGGGACGCUAUCGCCGUUGAACAAAUCAGCUAUCAAAGCAGCAAGCAUGAAACAGGCAGCGUUACCCUAUUGCUUUCUUGCAAAUACUAAUAUUAUCAUAAUUAAAAUCUUUUCUCGUGGUCGUUAUAUUUUCAAGUGUUUGCCACAAGUUUUCCAAAUCUACAGAGAAGCAGAGAUCAUUAAAGUUAUUCAAUUUCAAUUAUUAUAGAAAUUAUUAUAUUAAUCUUCAACAUGAGUGUUGUGUGGUAUCAAACCAGGAAGAAGAGCUUCAGCAGUCCUAGUUAUCAACAAAGCGAUUAUUUACAUACUUGAAAAAACAUAAAGUAUCCCAAUAAUAUAUGUACUAUUAGUCAAGCUGAAGAAUCGACGGAUCUUUUACUACUAUCAAGAUUAAACUCAGUCUACUUUUA